AUGGCUUACGAUGGGUACCAUUCAACCCCCAAUCCCUAUCAGUCGGGCAACAUGAAUAUGAACACCAACAUGAACAUGGCUCCCGACUCAGACGACCCUCAAGGCUAUGCCCCUAUGCCACCCUAUCCUUCUGCCUACGAGCCUGAUCGGCUCAACAUGCCCCAACCGCAGAUGCCUCCGUCCGCAUCGCCAAUCCAGAAUAUGGAGUCCUACUCGGAGCCGCCUCCCCCUCCCCGUCCACCGCCACCGCCCGGGAAUGGCAACCUCAAUGAGGCUGUCAGCUCGGCUGUGCACAGUGCGAACUCGUCCGCAUAUCUCUCCCCUGAUGUGCUGUCGCAGAUUACCGCGACCGUCAUCCAGCAGCUCAAGGCAUCCGGGCUGGACAAUAUCCAGGGCUCUGGACCCCAUCCGCCCUCCCGGCCACCCUCUCAGCAGCCCUCACAGCAGCCCUCGUGGCCAGGGGUCAGUGAUCCAACCCCUCGUCCGCACUCCGAAUCUCCCCCGGGAGCCUCAACGAGGAGUGGAUCGCUCCCGCCGAUGAACCCGAUGUCCAACAGUUUUGAAUCGACCCAGCCCUAUGUCAAUCCCACAGGCUACUCGAGCGACACACGACCGAGCCACAAACCGUCGCCAGAACCAAUGCACCGUCGCACACCGUCCAUCUCGAGUCAAAGCAGUCACAAAACAGACGUCACCAGACCCAAACCUCCGUCGCGAGACGCAACGGUGAUGGAGAUGACCACCCUGGAGAAGAUCUGGGGCAAGUUAUUUGAGGACGGGAAGCCGACGAAACGGCUGGGCCAGUUUUUGCGCGGGAUCGCCUCUCACUUGAUUGAGGAUUAUCCGCCCGGGAACACGCUUGUUGUGACGCCGGAGAAGAUGCAGAAGUUUUAUGCGGAGACCAAUGUCCCAUCGGACCCAUAUCCAUGGCAAGAUAUAUUUGAUGAUCGAACAUCCUCGAUUUCACGGCUAUUCCGUGAAAUCAAAGCUGAGCAUCACCUGGUUCAGCUCGAUGAUUUGAAAGAACGGCCCGAUAUCCCAGGCCUGACCCCCAAGGGAUUCGAAAAAUGGGCCACUUUGAUGAUCCAAGCCAACCCGGACCGGGAGUACGAACGGCUACAAAAAGCCGUACUCAACAUGCCUAUCAGCAACCCGGACGACAGGAAAGAACGGUUCCCCAAGGAGAUCCCGCGCCGGCUGUUCCCUGAUUUUGCCGAUCUGCAAUUGAGGGAGGAGACGGAUGAGUAUAUCAUGAAGCAAUGUGGUGUGGACUUGCCUUCCAUUACGGACGAGGAGCGCUCACGGGCUUCACGAUCGAAGAAGCCAUCGCCCACAAACCCGGGCCUUUCUCCAACCGAGCCGCAGUUCGCUGCCUCAGAGAGACCACGGCAGCGGUCCUAUGAACGAGGCCGAGCUCCGACCCCUUCGGCGGCCUCCUCGUCCGCCGUGAUUGACGACGAGGACGAACCCAUCGCGCCCGCCCCGAUUGAGCGUGAGCGGAAACCCUACUCCGCCCAACCGGGCGGCGGAAAAGUAUAUGAUGAAGCAGGCCACAUCCGUAGCCAUACCAAUUCUUUCUCCACAAGCCGACCAACCGACCUCCCUGGCGUGACUAGCAGCUAUCGCCCCUAUGACAAGUUCGACCGUGACUCACUUUAUGGUCGCUCCGGUUCUGGCCCUGCCCCCCGCUCCCGCCGAUACUCCCGGGGAUCGCGCAGCUCGUCCCGAGGUAUGAAUGAAUAUAGACACUCGGAGAGCGACUUGCUCGGCCGCGACCCCAUCCCCCGAUACGGUGGUACCUCGACCGGUGAUCUUUACGUGGACUCACCGACCUCCAUCCUUCCCUCAGAUGACGAUGUCCGACGCUAUCGAGAUCAGAAAUCACACCGCGGCAGCCGGGCCGGUGAAGAGGAGUACUACCGCGGCAUGCUGGGUGGGCAGGGCGGCGGUCCUGUCAAGUACCACUACUGA